GAAAGCCUAGUAUUUUGUCGGUCCUGAAAUUUGAUUCAGAAGUUCAGGAUCCUAGAAGACAAAAAGCAAACGGAGGGGGAGGGAAGAAAAGCAGACGAGGACGGAGGGUCUUUUUUUUUAUUAAACAGCGAGAAGAGAAAACGCACCUAAAUACUCUGCAAACUUCAACCAAAGUCUGGUGUUUUUUUUUUUAGCAGUUUUUGGCCUGGUUUCUGUCUGGACCUCUUCCUGCUCCUCUCAGGCUGUGUUACUAUGAGCGCCUCAGGGCUUCAGGCCACUAACCGGCAGAACGCAAAGGAGCUCGACAGCAUGAAGGAGUCCAUCAGCGAUAUCAUCAACCAGCUCCAAGACAUUGACCCAGCAAGGCUGUCAUUCUCCCCCUUCCUGGACCUGGACACCCAGAUCUCCUUGGCGCCGGUGUCAGACAGCCCUGAGUCCUCAGUGGAGGAGCUGCACUCGUCCUCCCACUCUGUCUCCGGCUCCCAGCGCUCUCUGGAACUGCCACCAGCAACAGAUCAGCCAAGCAGCUCAGCUCCACACCACCAGCAGCCAAACCUCCCAGAACAGCCUGCAGCUGAUCAGACAGAAGAAGGGAAGCUGGAUCAGAUUCUUUCCAAUCCGAUCAUCACAGCACAGGGUCUGGAUGCCACCAUGGAAAACUGCAUUGGCCCUCCAACACCAGUCUCUCAGGGGGACAUUCCCAAUGGCACAGAAAUGCCAAGAUGGAGUCCAGAAUCCACCAACCUGGACUGUACUGUGGAUGAGGGCCGGCCUCUGAUAGGUCUGCCACCAGAGAGUGUGGAGCUGGCUGUGUGGAGCUCAGAGAGCCGAGGAGAGACUUGCACGGCUGCAGAGGAGGCUUCAGGUCAGGGACGUUGCUGCUGCCGCUGCUGCCAGUGUAAAUGCUGUCAAAGCGGCAGAGUUCCAGCUUUCCUCUCAGUGCUGGCCUCCAUUCUGUGUGCAGCCGGGAUCCUCUAUGCACUCUAUUUCUAUGUCCCCAUUAGACCCCCUGACUGCCCCGACAUAACCAGCCGUAUGCUUUUCACCUUCUGCUGCUGCGUGGUGGCUGCACUCCCCAUCCUGCUGGCAAUGCUCAUGAGUGCAGUGUGCCAGUUCUGUGACGGCUCCUUCAACUUGCAGGAGUCAUUUCCCAGAAGACAGGCGCUUCAGCAGCUGUUUGUCACGACGUCCUUGGAGCAGUUACUCCUCUAUGUCCUCAACCUCGUUGUUAUGGCCGCUUUACUGCCUCAAGACCAGCUGAAGUUGGUGCCUAUACUGGUUGCUAUGUUCAUAUUUGGAAGGCUUGUUUACUGGUGCAGCCUGAACACGUGCAGCUCCUGGCGAGGCUUUGGCUCCGGUCUGACCAUCUUCCCGCUCCUCGCCAUGGUUGCUCUCAAUCUGUACCUCAUGUACAUCCUCAAUCUCAAAGAGCCCCUUUUUGUGUCUCAGGACAUCCUCUAUAAUCAGGUCACCCCCUCUUCCUGGUCCAGGGAGACAUCACAGAGCCCGAGUGGCAAACCAGGCAUCUUACCCACAGACAUCCUGGAUGCUCAGUGAGAAGGCGAGCCGUGCUUUCUUCUCUAAGAGGAGGCAAUCUUUCCAAAAAUAGGCCAUUCCUGUGGUCUGCACUUGAGUACAGCUACACCCGCUGCCACUAUAACCUCCAUCUCUGACGGCUUAACUUGUGUUUUUGCUCCUCCUGUGCACAGCCUUUUUAUGUGGAUUUGUGCUUUAUUAUCUGAAAUACAAGACUUCGGCCUGCUAGUGGCCGAGGGUGCCUUUGAACAAUGCUGUAGUCAUAAACCAUUUGUCCUUUUAAGCUAUUCCAGUGCCUAUAUUUAAUGUUUUGAACUUUGAGUACUUAAAAGCUUUUCCAUGUCUACAUUUGGUUUGACUUUAAAAACACAAAGCAGGUCCAAUUGUCAAGCUUUUUAUUAUUUAGACUAUCCAGAAACUUUGUGCGUGAUGAAGACAGAAUAAAAACAAUUG